AUGUUGACCUCGGAAUGGAUCACUGAACUUCAUCCUUUGACAGACUUGCAGGUGCUUUACGGGCACCAAAAUGGUGAUGAUGGUGAUGGUGGCAGCGAUGGUAGUGACGAGGGAUUGUUCCUACAAUCUAUCGUGCAAAGGUUGCUUACCGAUGCAUGCGAGCUACUCGACUGCCAUCAUCAGUAUUACCGUCAGAUAGAUGAGUUCUGUUAUUCACUAGCUUCACUUUUUCUCAGAACUCUUAACAGUGAUGUGGGUGUAAUUGAUUUGUCUUAUUUGCUUGUACUAAAAGUCUGGUUUUGGAGAGUUGAAAAUCAACAUGUUGACUUCUUCACCCUGGUUUACCGUACUGACAGGCUGAUUGACUGGUUGUCUUCGUUGACACGGCUAAGUGCUGCAAAAUAUUACUUAAUUUAA